AGCUAUUAGAGAAUGAAAUCGCCUGCUUACGUUGCUGUGCUCGCACUGCUGUUGGGCAGUGUGGCAACUUCAGAAAGCUACGACCACAGACGCAUGGUCGAAACACUGCUGCGCUUCGGUGCCGAAAACGUCAGCCCUAAACUGCUGCCAGCCCUGAAAAAGAGCCACGUCGGUGACAUCAGAGCCCUCGCUGAUGACGCUGUAAUAGUCAGCAAAUACUCCUUCUCACUGCAGUCUACAACCCAAAACGUGGACGGCGUCCUGGCUAACCUUACUCUCUCUGGUCUCCCGACGCUUAAAGUGGGCAGGAAUGGAAAAUCUCUUCUAGCAAGCGGUACUCUAUCUAUCGAUGGACAAUACAGCUUGUAUGGAACUUCUAGCGGUUCCCUUUUGGAAGGACAAGGAGGGAUCAGUAUACAACUGACUGACUACGAUGUCGAAGCUUCUUCAGAUUAUACUGUCAUUGACGAAAGCAAACUGGCUAUCAACUCUGUGGACAUAAAACUAAACGCACCUUCAAUUAAGAUAACCUACGAGAACCUUAUACUAGAUAUGGGUGCAACACAAUUUCUCAACGACCUUCUACGACAUUAAAAAAUAACAAAGCUCAAGUGCAAUGGUCAGAAAAGGAAUCAACCGCUACAUUGUGUACAAUGUGCAAAUGGGUGCAAAACAAAAGAGAAAUGGAAGCAGAAGAAGCUCAUAAUAUGAGACUGCAUAAAUUUUGUAACGCUGGUGGCAUUAUGUUCACCAAGAAGUUCACUUUUCAGGAGCAAUUUGUAUUGUACCCACGUUUGUAUUGUAACCAAUAAAGCUAAUUAAUAUUUUAAAGAAUUAAAUGUGUUUCACACAAUAUUUCUGACACCUCAAACAACAUAUAUUGCAAACAAUCUAUGUUAAAAACUUGCUGCAACCUAAUAAAAGGGUUGUGCGACUAACUGUAUUAUUCCGUGGCAUGUGAGUAGAACACGCUUCCACUGAAAAGCUCUUCCUUUUAUUUGUAAACAAGCAUUUAUCUGUACGAAGAGACGUAAUUUUUAAACUUACUAUGUUCAGGAUAAUAUCUCUGUUAUGUGAAACUUGCCACAGCUCACAAGAAAAAUUAAAUUUUCUUAAAAAAAGUUA